ACUCUACAGCUGAUAUCCCGAAUAAAAAAAAGCGACGCCAAUGGGAGGAACACUUUUACGCCUAAGCCAAUAAUCCGCAUCCGAAUCCUUGAGGCCUCCGCCAUGAUCAAGCUGCAGCCACCGCCGGAUGUGACCGGUGGCUACCAGAACUUCUGGUGCGGCGAGGCUUUUAGUUCACCCGAAACCUACGAAAUAUGCUGCUCGCUGUGCGGCCAGCGUUUGACUUUUGACAGCUUUCCGGAUCACUUUCGGACGAAACAUCUCACUGGGAGCAACCGACGGGAGUCCGAUGCCAAGCCCGAGAGCGAUCCCAUUGCUCAGGAUCGCAGUGAUAUCGAGGUAAAGGAGGAAAAACUUGUGGAGAAGCCAACACAGGAAACUGAGGAGGAGGUUGCUCCUCGGCAGCGUCUCCAGCGAGCGGCAGCCAUGAAAAAUACUCUGGUGGAGACCCAGGAGGAUUUGCUGGACAUGGAUCUUGACUGGAGGGGAAGCGAGCAAUUGGAAAACGAUGAAACCCUCGAGGAGGAACAGGAAGAGCACUCCGAGGAGGAUGAUACCACGCAGCCCAGUAACGACACCAAGGACAUGCUCUUCCAGUGCGAUCAGUGUGACCGAGCAUACAACACCAAGCGCAGCCUGCAGAGCCACCACCGCUUGAAGCACAGUGAUUCCCCCGGCGGACUGAAGAACAAAUCCGUCAGCGAGCAGAAAAGCAAAAGACGAAAAGGUCCGCCAAAGGUGUACAAAUGCAACGAGGAGUCCUGCAACCAGACGUUUCGGACGGAGCGCGAUUUGCGCGGUCAUCGCUGGAAGCACACGGGCAUCUUUUGCGAUAUUUGCGAGAAACCCUUCACGCAGUCGGGCAACAUGAUGCGCCAUCGCCAGCGACACACUGGCAUCAAACCGCACAAGUGCGCCGAAUGUGAGGCCACCUUCUACACGCAAAAGGAGCUGUCCUCGCACAGUAUCUGCCAUACGGGCCGCAUGCCCUGCAUUUGUGAGGUAUGCGGACGACCUUGCCGGGAUCGCGGUGUCCUCACCGCUCACAUGCGUCGUCACACGGGCGAACGGCCAGCAAAGUGCGAGGUGUGCGGCAAGGCCUUCUACAGUUUCCACGACCUCAAUGUCCACGCCGUUUCGCACACCAAUUUGCGACCCUUUGUCUGCGACGUUUGCGGUUCCACGUUCCAAAGAAAGAAGGCGUUGCGGGUGCACAAGCUGCUUCACUCCGAGCAGCGCAAGUACGCCUGCAAGCUGUGCGGCAAGACGUUUGCCCAAUCCGGCGGCCUGAACGCCCACAUGCGCAGCCACGACCCGGCGAGAGUUAAGGGCGCCGUUAAGCCACUCCCGCAGGCGGUAACCAUCGAGGUGAUCGAGGGCAGGACGCCGCCCACCACCACCAUCACCAUGGCCAUCGACCUCAAUGUGGAGGAGCAGUUGGUCACUCAAACCGAAAACGCCACCGCCACUUGGCGACUGGCCCACUGAGUAGUUAGUUUAGCUUAAGAAUAAAUGCGCCAUAAGAAAUAAGUGAAAAGUUUUAGUUUUCAAAAAAGUGCGCAAAUAAAGAGUAUGUUUUCUGAGAAAGACUAAA